AUGUUGAAGAAAGUUGAUGUGUGUGGGUUUCAGGAGGUAAGGUUUAAAGGUGAAGGUACGAGAGUCAUAAAGGGUGAAGAUAAUGGAGCGAGAUUUAAGUGGUGUUGGAAGGGGAACGGAAGUGGCACGAAUGGUGUUGGCUUUGCGAUAAGAGAGGAUUGGGCGAAGUCGGUUGUAGCAGUGAAGAGAGUUUCGGACAGAGUCCUGAGAGUUGAUGUACUUAUUGAGGCCGAAGUUGUGAGUUUCGUUGUGGUGUAUGCUCCGCAGGUUGGACGAAGUGCGGAGGAGAAGGAAAAGUUCUAUGACAGCGUGUAUGCAGUGAGAGCAGACAUUAGAGGGCGAUGUGUGAUGCUUGGUGAUUGGAACGGUCAUGUGGGAAGCGUAAGAAAAGGAUACUGUGCGCAUGGAGGUUUUGGAGUUGGUGAUAUGAAUGCUGAAGGCGAGGCUAUAUUGGGUUAG